CCAGAAGCCACCGAGUUACAUAGUAUAAAGCGUGUGCAUAUUUCAUAUCUGCUUUCAUACUCGAAAAUUCAAUUUGAAUCACGAGUAUACUAUAAGCCAGGUAUACUUCCAACAUGCAGUUCUCGUGCAGUCUUAAUUUGGCGUACGUCGCCACUUUGUUUGCCCUUGUGAAUGUAGCUGUAGCUUGCACCAUCGGACAGGGUUUACAAAUUAUUGCAAGGUUCCAGGCGCCAACAUGUAGAAAUGGAACUUGUGACGGUGGAUUGUGGGAUGAAAUCGAUGGCUAUGUCAAGCAGGCGAAACUAGGACGGGUGCCGAUCAUGAUAAACAUUAACCACGAGUGGAAAAUUGCCAACGCCUGGUCAACUGACAGCAAGAAAUACGUGUCAGAUAUGGUAAAGUCAUAUGUCGACGACGGUGCGAUUGUGACUGCGUAUGUCUCUACCGACUAUGGGGAGGAACCUGAAUCCGAUGUCAAAGGAAACGUUCAGGACUGGCUCUGUAGCGACUUUGGUUAUGAUUAUCCGUGCCCUAUUACUGGCAUUUUCUUUGACGAAGCACCUGCCGAUCCCAGAGAGUCAUUGUAUACAAUAUACGAGGGAUAUACCAACUACGCGCGCAGUAUAAUGUCGGACGCGUUCAUCUUUUACAACGCCGGGGGAACGUGGGGUACAUCUUACCCGUACCAAAAAAUUACCAGUGCGUACUGCGUGCGUGAGAAACCUCGUGAUGAAUUCGUGAGUGAUUGGCCUAGUGAAGUGGCCCAAUGGAUAAGAGACAAUGACAUGGAAGGCUACACAGAUUCAGUUAGUGGAACACAGAUGGGUCAAACCGCGAUUAUAAUUUAUGAUGCAACAGAGAGUUAUAGCUCGUGGGAAGAAGUGGCAAAUAUUGGGCGAGAUAACAAUGUCAAAUGGGUCAGUGUGACUACGGAUUACGAAAGCUUGCCGGAUUACCACGUACACAUAAUCGAUUAUCUCUGCGAGCAUACGUAUGGUGACGCCUGCAGGCUAACAAAUUAGAAAAAUGUCGGAUAAGAAUAGAAUCAGAAUAUUUAUUGUAUAAAGUUUCAGAACUGGG